AUGCGGUUUGUCAAUUGGUCUCGAAUUGUUAGCCUCAGCCUGCUGAGUACCAGCUUGGCCUCUGCAACUGAGUUGAGCAAGGCGUCGCAGGCUCUCUUCGAUCAGUCCAUGUCCCUUCUUGAUGAUAUUUAUGACCCCGCUGCAUCCUAUUUGCACUACUUUUAUUAUCCUUUGGCCGCAGGUUCACACGAGACGCGAUCAACCGUUUGGUAUUCUGUUGGACUCCUCCAACGCAACCAGGGAGAUGAUCUCGAGGAAGCUGUGAAGAUCCUCAAGAAUGUCAUUGCGGGCCAGGAGAAGAAUACCUCCGCGCAAUGGUAUGGUGACUAUACAGUAUAUCCAGAGCAACCAACGGUUGGAAGCCCUGCGUACGCCCCCGACAUCUAUAACACUUGGGACCCCAACUGGAGAGGCUUCAUUGGGACCGCAUUGAUUGUCAUCUAUGAGGAGUUUGGCAAAAUUUUGCCUGCAGAUGUGAAAGAGCUGGUCAUUGAGAGCCUGUACAACAAUACAAUCGGAGACAGCUAUCGCGUUGGCGGCGUCGAUGGCGAUAACUUAUACCCGGCCUAUUCCAAUGCCUGGUUGAUGCGGACUGUGGUGACUUCAUGGACUGGCCACUACUUGAAGAAUGCCAAUAUGACAGCUGCGGGAGACAAUGAUGCCCAUGAAUUUCUCGAGCUUUUUGAUCGCAACCACACUUUAUCCGAGUUUAACGGCCCAACCUACGCCGGUGUUUCGCUCUAUGCUCUGACUAUUGCAGCCAAGUAUCUUUCAUCGACCACUUCUGUUAUUGGGAAGAAUGCAGAGAGGGUGAUCCAGGAUAUCUGGGGCUAUGAGUCCCAGCUAUGGAACCCCAAAAUGAGAAAUUUUGCCGGUCCAUGGGACCGUUCGUACGGCUACGAUAUGAACAAGUAUGUUGGUAUCAUGUCUCUUUGGGUCUGGUCGCUUGUCGGAAAGGAGUACGUGUGGCAUUCAACUUCUCCAAUCUGGACUAUGGCCCAUGCAGACGAUUUUGAGAUCUCGCCCCUUGUCGCCGUUCUUGCAAAUUUCCACAAGAGCCUCGUGCCGAAGUCCUCUCUUGAGAGACUGACCUCUUUCUCCGGCGAGCACACCUAUAGUGGACAUGCUUACGCUCCUCCAGCGGACUACGAGCCUCGCAAUAUCACAACAUGGCUGUCUGCCGACCUGACAAUCGGAACAGAUUCCUUCAACCAGAGUGUUGUGGGUGGCUAUUCAGAGGACUCGUCGUCCUUCUCCCCUUCAGUCGUGCAGUGGAUUCGCUCUGAUAAAUCAAUUGGCUAUUUCAACCUAUACCCGACUGAAACGGCAUUGAAGGCGGAGGUGAGCCCAUAUGCACUCAACCUGACAUAUCCUCUGGGAAAUUCCACCAGCACAUUCACAUUUGUCCUUGCCUCCAAUCCACUCGGGUCGAAGCGUGAUAUGUCUGGACUCAGUGAUGUCGAUGGUCUACAGAUUGAGGUAGUCGGUGGAACUGUCAACCCAGUCCCGGAAAUUUCUUUCUGUGGACUAGUUGGCGGAACUUGUGAUAUUAUCCAUAACUUCGAGUUUUGGAAUAUAACCUUUGUCAUGGACGAAAACAGCUCUGAUAUUCCGAGCAUUCAGUUUGAAUUCACUCUCAAUUAA